CCCUCCCUCCCUCCCUCUCUCUCCCUCGGUCGGUCUGCAUCAGCCGGCGAGCAGCUAAUAUGACAGGCGGGAGGAUACAGUAUCACACCGAGCCACGACACGCUGACUUAAAAACUUCAUUUGGAAAGUAGGCGGAUGUCGUGUGCUGUCGAUAGAUGGAUUAGGGGAAACGGGGGACGAAGACGCGGCUGUGUUUUUUGAUGCAAUGGGAUUUGCUACUUUCGUGUGAAGAGGCGGACCUGUGAGACGCUGCGAGUUCAAUAUGCUGAAGCUGUACCCGGUGUUUGUAUACUGUACGUGGAAGUACAGGGACUAUAUUCUACAAACAAACAGGCAUACGUAAAGGAUAUAUAACAUUUAUUCAUUGUAGCGUGUGGAUACCCACGCUUUAAAAGCUACUACCAUUUUUUGUCUCUUUUUUUAUUUAUUUAUUUUUGGACAGGGAAUUCCUUCAGAUAGGCUGCAUGUCUGGAUUCACUACACGUUUUUUUUUUCUUCUUAAUUCUUAAUUUAAAAAAAAUAAGACAUGGGGGUCUCAUUUGGUCUUAGCUCCAAGCAGCUCUGGAACAGCAGGUAAACGCAUUAGAGACUAUUAGUUUUGUUUUGAGGGUGGUCUUCCGUAAGAGUAGUUUAAACUUGCCUUUGACCCACCAUGAACUAUUCUUUUAUCGGCAUUUUUCACGCUCCUGUGAGGUUUUCUGACAGCAGUUAGCCGGUACGUUUAAAAACCACUCUACUGCGGAUUUUUUUUAAUUUUUUUUUUAACAGUAAAUUUGUGGUGCAUUUUUUUUUUCCCCCACUCUAAAAAAAAAAAAAAAAAUCAUAUCUACUCUAAAAAGACUGACAUAUAUAUAUUUGUAUCUCUUCCCCUCGUGAACCUGACAUUUUUCGGGGUUUCCUCCCCCUCCAUCAACUAUCCCAGUCCUACGGAUACGACUUGCUUUAUUUUCACCUUGUAUUUUUUUUUCCACCAUGAGUAACAUGCACAUCGUAUUGAAUGUAUUGCUACGUGGACUCGUCAUCUAUGCGGUACUGGGCUUGGAGUGCACUUACUCGAAUGAUCUAGCCAGCCACUCGUCUGAUGCUGCAAAUGUAGCCACCACAGACGUCUGUCUUAUCGUGAUGCCGCCAUGCAUGGGCGAGGACGACCGCUUUAGUCUGGAGGCGCUGCGGCACAUCCACAAACAGCUGGACGACGACAACGACGGGGGAAUAGAGGUCAACGAGAGUGUGGAGUUCAUAAUAGAAGACAUGAAGCAGCAGCAAACCAACAAACACAGCAACCUGCACCGUGAAGACCAGCACAUCACUGUGGAGGAGCUGUGGAAGGGCUGGAAGACCUCUGAAGUCCAUAACUGGACGAUGGAGGACACAGUGCAGUGGCUGACGGAGUCGGUGGAGCUGCCGCAGUACGAGAAGAACUUCCGUGACUUCAGAGUCACAGGGAACACUUUACCUCGAUUAGCGGCUAAUGAACCGUUAUUUAUGUCGAUGCAGCUGAAGAUAUUAGACCAGCGGCAUAAACAAAAAUUAAACCUAAAGGCACUAGAUGCAGUGCUUUUCGGGCCUCCUCUCCGUCCACAACAUAACUGGAUGAAAGACUUUGUCCUGAUGGUUUCCAUAGUGAUCGGUGUCGGGGGCUGCUGGUUUGCCUACGUGCAGAAUAAGUCCAGCAAGGUGCACAUCUCUCAGAUGAUGAAGGACUUGGAGAGCCUGCAAAAUGCUGAGCAGAGCCUCUUAGACCUGCAGAGCCGGCUGGAAAAGGCUCAGGAGGAGAACCGCACUGUCGCCGUGGAGAAGCAGAACUUGGAGCAGAAGAUGAGGGACGAAAUCAACGGGGCCAAAACAGAGGCUCACAGACUCCGAGAGCUGCGAGAAGGAGCCGAAUGUGAACUCAGCCGGCUCAAAUACGCAGAGGAGGAGCUCGUACAGGUGCGAAAAGCUCUGAAGCGAGCGGAGAAGGAGAUGCAGUCGGAGCGGUCGGUGCCUGAAGCUCUUCAGAAGUGGCUCCAGCUCACACACGAGGUGGAGGUUCAAUACUACAACAUCAAGAAACAGAACGCUGAGUUUCAGCACAUCGCCAAAGAUGAGGCAGAAAAAAUAAAGAAGAAAAGAAGUUCUCUGUUUGGAACUCUUCAUGUAGCCCACAGCUCAUCGCUGGAUGAGGUGGACCACAAGAUACUAGAAGCAAAAAAAGCCCUGUCAGAAGUGACGGCGUGCCUGAGGGAGCGGCUGCACCGCUGGCAGCAGAUCGAGAAGCUUUGCAACUUCCCUGUUGUCAACAACUCAGGGCUACCGAGUCUGACAGCCAGCCUCUACUCGGAACACAGCUGGGUGGUCAUGCCACGGGUUUCUGUGCCUCCGUACCCCAUCGCGGGGGGAGUGGACGAUCUGGACGAGGACACGCCUCCCAUCAUUCCACAGUUUACAACAACCACGAUGAUCCGGCCCCCGCUGACCCGCAGCAGCAGCCUAUGCCGUUCUCGCCGGAGCCUACUCAGCCCGCAGUCCUCACUGAUGUCCCCGGACCCUGAUCUGCUCUCCAUGGCCAGCUCUUCCCUCUCCUAUCGUCCCGAGGCCGAGGACGAACAUAUCAUGUUCAGCUCGGAUAGGAGGGGGGAUCCGGCUCAAGAAGGAAGCUCAGACACCGACUCCCUCAGCUCCUCCAUGGGCCGAAAGCAGCUGCACAACACUGACGCCCCGUACCGUAAGAUCUCCCGCGAGGAGCUGCUGCUGUUCAGCCAGACCACAGAGCUCCCUGCAUCCACCCCUGCCACCUCCUCCUCCACCCACACCAGCAGCAGCAGCAGUCUCAGGGACUCCACGCCUCCUCCUCUGCCCCCAACCCCGGCCACCACGCCUUCCGGCCCGCCCUCAACCUCCCCUUCCCCCGCAUUGGAGCACCACUCGUUUGCACACAGCGGCUCGCCUGACCUCACCCGCAUAAUCCCUGAGUCACAGAGCGCGACCUUCUCGCAGGGGAGCGCCACCUCUCCAACGGGCAAAGGCGUGUACAACGGCAUCCUCGAGAAGUCGUACAGCUUCGGCCAGCUUCCCGCCAGCAUGCUCCCCAAUGUGGGGCGCUACCCGUCCCUCACCUCCCUGGACUCGGAAGGCCGGAGCGUGGGAAGGGAAUAUAAGCUCCAGAGCACCUCCUCCCAGGACUCCAGCGAUAAUGGAGAGAAAAUGAAGCGAUCCUCAUCCAAAAUCAAAAGCUUAUUUAAGAAGAAAAAAUAAAAACUUGCAGAGUGAAAUAGUGUAAGAGGGAGAUAAAAUAGAAAGAGUUGUUUUAGCCCGUAUACUUAAAAAAAAAAGGACAUUACUGCAAGCUAAAACAGUUCAUUGUCUCUCUUAUUUUCUUGUUUUUUGUCUUCAAAGAUGGAAUGUAGCUCAGUCUGGGUGCCUUUUUAAAAAAAAAAAAAAAAAAACUCGGACUGGUAGCCUUAUUUUUCAAUAAUGCCUUUUUAUUUAGUUCACUCAUAGCCUCACAGGGAAACCUGCAAAGGUCAAGGAAAAUGUCAAUGAAAGGUCAAGGGUCAUGAUAGUUGUCAUCCAGACUGCAAAAAAAAACAAAAAAAACAAACACGUGACCUCCUCACUGUCUUCUGUCUGUUUUGGUCUUGAAAAGCCACUAUGUGUAAGGGUCUAAAGGUGCAGUCCAUACAUUUAUUCUCAAGCACACAAAGUCCAGAUCUAAAGUCUGCUCUUCCUACUGGACGGAUUUUUAAUCACACCAUCAGUAGUGACAGCAGCAAUAAAGAUAUUUCCUUCUUUAAGUGUCCAAACUACUUCUCCCUGCUCAUAUCGGGAUUGCAUCUUAUGAAGUCUAAACUACUUGAUUAACCUCCUUUGAAACUAAAAAAAACAAAAUGAAAUCCUGCUAAAAGUUUGUUGCACUACUGCUUUCCUGGUGUUUUGGGGAAAGAGCCGCUGCUUGCGGAGUACAUAUUGAAUAAAGAUAUAGAGAUGAGAGGUACACAUGGGCAGCAGCAGUGAAGAUGCAGAACAGAAAACUACAGAGCCAAAAUGAUCUGAUGCGUCUUCACUGUUACUUCUUAUAGAUGCCUCGAUAUAUAUAAGUAUAUAUAAACUUUGUCUUCACAUUUUUAUGUUGUUAUAGAUGUUUUGAAAUAGAUUUAUAUGGGUGGGGCUUCCUCUAAACUGUCAUUUACAGAUGAAAGUUGAUUGAAUAUGCAGAUUUAACUCCCUGUAAUGUCACUGUCCCUUAUUACUUGAUAGCGUGUUAACUGUAGCCAUACCAAUAUCUCAUUUUCUUUUUUUUUUUUUUUUUUGUCUUAAACACCCUAAAAUAUUUUGUGUCACUACCAGAUUUUGAUCAAAUCGUCCUGUGCAAAUGAUUAUUUUGUGCCAUAUUGACGCCAGAUUUAAGGGUAGAUGAGUGCCAGGAAGUCUAAGGAAGAACUUUUUAUUAUUACUAUUAUUUUUUUUAGCAUCUCUCUACGUCGACGAUGUGACCUCUUCCAUCAAUAUUUCCAGGCUUUUAGAAAAAAAACGCGAAACACCCAAGAUUAUUUAAAAAAAAAAAGAUAAAAAACAAAGAACUUUUUGAUCCAGAUCUGAUUGAUACAACCGUUUCUUUUACCCUUUCCAACACACACUAUAAGCUCGAAGCCGACCCAUGCAAUACAGCCCCCGUUUCCCCGUUCCUCACCUUUGGGUUUGCACCGAGCGCACUGAUGUCAAGACUCCUGCUUCACACUGUGAUUUCUGCCUUCUACCCUUCAUCCUUUGUCACUGCAACGCAAAAAUGUCAUGUACGACAAAACGACACAAGGAUCCAGUAGUUUUGAUUUUUGAAAUUAAUAUAUAUAUAUAUAUGUAUAUUUGGAUGGUUGUGGCGAUACAGCACACAGUGAAGGAAAUAAAAGACAGAGCUGCAAGACGAGGAGAACAUGAAUGUUUACGAGACAUUAGGGUUUGUUUUUUUUUGGAAAACAUUUUGUGCGUGAAUAUUUGUAUACUGUAGAAGAAUUAAUAAAAAAAAAUGGAGGCAUUGGAGACGUUU